GGUGGUAGGGGGAGGGAGGGAAGGAAGGGAGGAGCAACGAGUGCAACCUGCGGUGGCUUCGGAGGAGCAGUAGAGGACAGAGAAGCUUCGGCGCGUAUCAGCCAGGAAAGAGGUGGCGUUGGCUUUGCCUUUCUCACGUUGGCCUCUUCUCUCUCUCUCUCUCUCUCUCUUCUCUUCUCUUCUCUUCUCUUCUCUUUGGAGGGUGGGGUGGGGUGGGGUGGCGUGGAACCGAGGAGGUGACCGACCGACAGGGGAUGUAACGUAGCUUGACAGAUGGCCACGAUGAGGACGAUGUGCUUGCUGCUGCUGCAGUUAUCACGAUAGGACACCUGCGAAGCGGCAAUAUUGACAACUUGGGACGCAGAGCUGGAGGGGAAUGUGCAUUCCCAGCUGAGACUCCUCAUCGCACCACCAGAUCUCAGAGCAGAAGAGGGGGAAGAGGAGAAGGCAAAAAGGGAAGUUAGCAACGAAGGAGGUUGACGGAGAGUAAAUUAAUAUUAACGAGUGGUCAGCGUGUGCUUGCUAUCCGUGAGUUGUUUACGGACUCAGAGAGCCUCCUCGUCCUCGUGCCGCGCGCGGUGCUCCACCCAGUCGCCUCCGGACUCCGUGGGCGCCUGCCGCUGCCCGGGGAAACAACGCUGCCUCUGCGUCCGACCGCAUCUUACGGUGGCCUGCUUGCUCUACCGGAACGAGAACCCGUCACGGUGUGGGUAGAUCUUAAAGACCCAGCGGCUCUUGUUUUGGAAGGAACAGUUGCCACGAGAGAGAAAGAGAGAGAGAGAGAGAGAGACAGUAGACCAUAUCCUUCAUCUCUAGCUCGUACUCCGGAUUAGGUCUUGUUGCUGUAAGGGAGCACCACCAUUCACAUGGUGGGUUUUGUUUAGUGCGGUUGUUGAUGAUUGCCGGGCAUGUGGGGCGACUGUUUCGCUGUGGUUAUCAUGAGCUGAGGGUGGGAUAAAAGGUCUUCAGCUUCUUGGAGUGUAGCAGCAAAGACUUCCUUUUUCUUCUUCUUCUUCUUCUUCUUCCUCCGCCUCUUUACUUUGGCAAGAUGAAGUAUAUGAAGCUUGGAUCGAAGCCCGAUGCCUUCCAGUCCGAUGAAAACAAUAUCAGAUUCGUGGCGACGGAGCUGGCGACCGAUAUCGUUGUUAAUGUGGGAGAUGUGAAGUUUCAUCUGCAUAAGUUCCCUCUUCUAUCCAAAAGCCCGCGACUGCAGAAGCUGGUGGCGGCCACGGAAGAGGAGGAGGACGAGGAGAUCGACAUUCCCGACAUCCCCGGUGGCCCUGCCGCCUUCGAAAUCUGUGCUAAGUUUUGCUACGGCAUGAUCGUCACCCUCAACGCGUACAACGCGGUGGCAGCUCGGUGCGCGGCAGAGUACCUGGAGAUGCACGAGGCGGUGGAGAAAGGGAAUCUCAUCUACAAGAUCGAGGUGUUCUUGAGCUCCAGCAUCCUACGCGCGUGGAAGGACUCCAUCAUAGUUCUGCACACCACCAGGUCCCUGCUUCCCUGGGCGGAGGACUUGAAGCUGGUCGUCCGCUGCACCGACUCGAUCGCCUCCAAGGCCUCCGUCGACCCGUCCGAGGUCGACUGGUCCUACACCUACAACAGGAAGAAACUUCCAUCCGAAAACGGCCUCGACCCACCUUGGAAUGGCGUCAGGAAGCAGCAGUCGGUGCCCAAGGAUUGGUGGGUGGAGGACCUCUGCGAUCUCGAGAUGGAUUCGUACAAGCGGGUGUUAAUCGCCAUCAGGACGAAGGGGAAGAUCGCUGACGAUGUGGUCGGGGAAGCUCUGAAGGCCUACGCAUACAGGAGGCUUCCGGGUUUCGCCAAAGGCUCGGUGACCUGCGGAAGCGAUCCCACGAGGUCUCGGACGAUACUGGAGACCAUCGUUUGGUUAUUACCCACGGAACCGGGUUCCGUUUCGUGCAGCUUCCUGCUGAAGUUGUUGAGGUACGCAAGCGCACUGGAAUGUGGAGAGACUUGCAAGAAAGAGUUGAUCAGGCGAGCGGGACGCCAGUUACAGGAAGCUGCUGCUUCCGACCUGCUGCUGCCUUCUGCGACAGGGGAGACCGUGUACGACGUCGACUUGGUUGCAAGCGUCGUGGAGGAGUUCGUGACGCAGGACGACGGCACUGCUCGAACCAGUCCCGAGGCCUCCGAGGAGGUCGUGGAGGUGAGGAGCCCGGUGUUCGUUUCUCCAAGCUCGAAAGUUGCCGUUGCGAAUCUGGUGUAUGAGUACCUCGCCGAAGUCGCGAAAGACCCCGAUCUACCUCUUCCCAAGUUUGUGGAACUGGCUGAAAUGGUGUCGGCUGCCUCGACGCCGGUGCACGACGGGCUUUACCGUGCCAUCGAUGUGUACCUCAAGGAGCACCCGGGGCUAAGCAAGAGCGAAAAGAGGAGAAUCUGCAGCAUGAUGGACUGCAGAAAGCUGUCGACGGAUGCCUGCGUACACGCGGUGCAGAACGAGCGGCUCCCGCUCAGGGUCGUGGUCCAGAUCCUCUUCUUCGUGCAGAUGAGAGCUGCUGCGGCUCCCGCUGCCGGCGGUGUAUCCCAACUCCCCGGCAACGUGAAGGCGCUGCUCCGCGAAAAUGGCGGUUCGUACGGCAGUUCAAGAUCGGCCGUCACGACCAACACGGAGGACGACUGGGACGGCGUCCCGACGGCGGGCGGGGACCUCAACUCUCUCAAGUCCGCCGGUCCGGUGGGUAGAGGUGGGGGGAGUCAGAGGAGCAGCGGCGGCAGUGAUGUCAGCAAGCACGGCGACGAGAAGGGCAACGGCAAGGUGAAGGGAAUUCUGCUGCCGAAGAGGAUACUGAGCAAGCUGUGGUCGGGCAAAGGGCAGGGCGGCGAGAACAGCAGCUCGGACAUGUCGGAGAGCCCCGGCUCCGUCGCUCAGGAGGAGGCCAAGUCCACGCAUUCGAGGAACACCAGGCAUUCGGUUUCGUAGGGGAAGAGAGAGCGCAAGUACACACAAUACUAGUUACACAUCAUACUAGACGAUCUUGAGGUAGUGCCAUUAAUUAAGCGCAGUUGCCAGAUGACCGAAAUCUAGAGAGAGAAAGGAUUCGGACGUCCGGUGGGAUGGCUAAGAAGCAGAUCUUCUUGAUAGGUUGUUCUGAAUGGAUGAUGACCACCGGUUCUUGUGCAUGUACCACCACACGAGGGGUCGCCUGGUUCCAGCAGAGUCUACUUGGGAUCAGAAUCGGAAGCCAAGGAUGAGUAAUAAAUACAUGGAUAUGGCUGGCAUUUGGUUCAACAACGAGUGUUGGAAAGAAGAAGAAGAAGAAGAUGUAUUAGUUAUGAACCAGUUUGAUCUUUUCAUGAUUUCUGUCUUGGUUUAUGUUGUGGAUCAGACUAGGAAAAAUCUAUGAUUAUUAGAGAA